CUAUUUUCUGUAGUAGCAGCACCACUGAGCUUUUCCAGUGCCCGCCGCUUAACGUGGAGACAAAUACGAGGGAGAGAGGGGAAGAGGAGGGGUGAGGGACAAAUUAAUCUUGGGCCACAGCGGUGGCAGAACGCGAGACAGUGAAGCAUUGCAGCGAAGAUUUUAUUUGGCUCGUUCGCUUCAAACGGGCAGCAGAGACGGAAUGGAUCUACCUGCCGUCGGGGAGCAUGUCUUCGCGGUGGAGGGCAUCGAAAAGAAGCGCUUACGGAAGGGCAGAAUCGAGUAUCUGGUGAAGUGGCGAGGAUGGUCAGCCAAAUAUAACACAUGGGAACCCGAGGAAAACAUUCUUGAUCCGCGCCUUCUUGUCGCUUUCCAAAACAGAGAAAGGCAGGAGCAAAUGGUGGGAUAUCGAAAAAGAGGACCUAAACCCAAACACCCCCUGGUCCAGCUUCCUGCGUUUGCUCGUAGAUCAAGCAUCCUGGGUGGUCUUCAGGACACAUCACUGGAUGAGGAGAACCAGCCCAAAGUGGAUUCCCUCCAGAUCCACCGCUCACGGCCGCAGCACUACCAGCUGAACAGUAAAAAACACCAUCAGUACCAGCCCAGCUGCAAGGAGAUAUCCGUUGAACAACAUAUGAGCGGGAAAAAGAAACACUUUUACCAGCUGAACAGCAAGAAACAUCAUCACUACCAGCCAGACCCUAAGAUGUAUGACACGCCACUCACGGGACCCAAAGAGGUUAAGGGUCAAGACCCUUCCAACAAAGGUUGGAACCUCCCUCCAGCCUUGCAACAGAAGUGGAUUCGGAACAAAGACACCGGCUGCCUGAGUAAAGUGAAAGAUCUGUCUAUCGAGCUCAAGGGUCUGCCGGAUAACGCUAACAAAGCGGAGCGGGCACUCAAAACGAGCGCCAAAGAGUUUGCGCUUCCUAAUGGCAUCAGCAGCAAGAUGAAAAUAAUCAAGAACAAAAACAAAAACGGCCGGAUUGUGAUUGUAAUGAGCAAAUACAUGGACAAAGGUGUGCAUUCAUCCAAAGUAAAAAACAGGGACGUUUCUGAAGUGGAAAUGCAACACAAUGAGGAAUCUACACUGAUUAAUACGGACAAUCUGUCUGAUGGUGAAACGGCAGAUCAAGGAGAAGCCAGUGAGAAUGGUUCUGUUGAGAACAAUAAGAAUCUUUCUUCUACUAAUGAAUGUGUUCAUGAAAACUCCCUCGAAAAUAUUGAACUUCCAAAAGAUACGCCCACAGAGACUGAACAAAAAGUGAUGGAUAUAUGCGACCAACCAAACUCUUCACCCAUGGCAGCAAAGAAAGCUGCCCCAUCCCACAUUGACACCAGAACCAAUCCCCUUAAGAGGAACCUGUCAGAACGCAGUGAGGAUGUGAGAAACUGUAAGCAGUUCUUCAGCUACAGGAGCAUCAGUGCACCAGACACCAUGCUUUCUUCCCCUCAGAGAGAACCUAUAAACCUGCAUUACAGAGGCAGUCACGCCACCAGAGCGUAUAGUUAUGACUUUAGCGACACCAUUCCCGAAGAGCCUAUUGAUUUGAGCUGUGGUCCAACCAAAACUCUAAAACAGUGUCCUACAGGGGAGAAGGUUUCAGGAAGCUCAGUGCAAGUGGAGAAAACAGACAGCCAUUUGAAACCGUUUGUGGGUAACGUUAUCAUCACAGAUAUCACUACGAACUGCUUAACUGUGACCUUUAAGGAAUACGUUCAAGGAGAAUGACAACAAUAUGUUGGACUGUCAAUUGUUCGUAUGAACCAGCUCAAAUUUGAUUCAUUUCAGAUGCACUGAUCAUAGUCAUUCCUGAAGAUAUAUUUACACAUUUAAACACAUAAACCAUAUAUAUAUAUAUUUGUGUUUUAUAUAUAUAUAUAGGGUUUGUUUGUUUAGAUGCCGAUUUUUUAACACAUAAAAUUGUGAUGGUUGGCAUUUUGCUGCUGUUGAAAUUGAAUUGAAAACCCCGUAACUUUACAGUGUGUAACAUUGUUUAUAAAACUUUGAAUUGUUAUGGAUUUUGCUACCUGAGAAAAUAUCUGCCCUUUUGGAGAAAGCACACUGGUGGAUUUGGAAGAAUUCAUUGAAGAUUGAUGUUAAAUGCACUUAUUUACACCUUUCAAUGUUCAUGUCCAUCAUGGACCAUAUCGUUUUUUCUUCCAAUGUUGGGGAUUUAAGCAUUUUUCAGAUGUACAUAUAAUUGAGAUCUAUACAUUUUGAGUUGCUUGGAAAGGUGUCAUCAUGAUGUACAUGAAUGUACCUUAAAAAAGUAUUUUUGGAUAUUAGCGUAACAGAUUUUGUUUUGCUGAAAAUAUUUUACUUGACUGGAUUUCCAGAUGCUGUUGGCCUGUGAGGUCUUCCUGUGCAAUGCUAGAAAAACAACUGGAUUGUUUAAUGUUCCCUAUCCGUAAGAAGUUUAAGUUGCACUUUAUCAUCUCCUGGAUCUCUUUCAUUAAUGAAUUCAAUAAUAAAAAAUAAAUAAUAAACCCAACAAAGGCUGUUUAUCCUUAAUGCAGAAUAAUUAUGUAACAGCAGUAUAACUAUGGUCAGAGAUCAUCAAAACUGUUACAUGUGACCAGAAAGUAAAUGUACGUUUGAUGCUUACAUUGGACAGUGCAAUGCUAUAGAUUUUGUAUGUACUGGAAUCAAUUUACAGUCAGUGCAAUGUACUGUAAUUACGCAAUGAGAUGUACGGUAUGUAAUGUACAAAUUACACAAUAAUGUUAUGCAUCAAUGUUAAGGCCAUUUAUAUGCAUAACCCCAUGUUUUAUGCACACAAUGAAGUGUCAGUUUGAAAAUGCUUCUUAAAUCAAUAUUAAACUCUGUUCAAUAAUAAAAACGGAUGAUUUGUUUUAUAA